AUGACCAUAAUAGGGCUAACAAAGAGGGCCCGAAAAUUGGUCGUGGCCGCCGAAAGGCUGAUGAUUCACCCGCGCACAUUAGCAACUACCGCCGCAUCGCCACCUUCAUUUCUAACCACCCGUGUUCUCUACCCACACUCUUCUUCUCUUAACCUGUGCCACUCCGCCUCCUUAAACUUCACCACCAUGAACACCAACACCACCCGAUUGGACACCAUUUUCAAGCAAAAAAAGUUCCUCCGGUCUAAAGUCAGAAAAGACCUCAGGUCCAUGGAUCCCACUCUCAGAUCUCAAGAAGAUGAUGCAAUACAAAGUGUAAUAUUGGAAGCUCCAUGGUUCAAGUCUUGUAAAGGACUGUGUGCUUAUAUAAGUUGUAGUGCUCUAAGAGAAGUUGACACUUCUAAAGUGUUGUCUGAAAUUCUAAAGAACACAGAUCGAGAUGAUCAUUCACAGGUGAGCAAAAAGUUGUAUGUUCCUCGAGUAGAGGACAAGAAUAGUCACAUGCGGAUGCUGAAUAUCUCUAGCAUGAAUGAUCUAAUUGCAAAUACCAUGGACAUAUUGGAGCCUGCUCCUGUUGAUGCAGAGGGAAAUGAACGCCAAGAUGUCUUGUUUGCCGAUGAACCUGUGGACUUAUUCCUCUUACCUGGGCUCGCCUUUGACAAAUCUGGUAGGCGCUUGGGCCGUGGUGGAGGUUAUUAUGACACCUUCCUCAUCAAGUACCAGGAGCUCGCAAAGGCUCGUAACUGGAAGAGACCUUUAUUCGUUGCUCUUUCUUAUUCGCUGCAGAUAUUGGAUGAAAAUGUUAUACCAAUGACCCCAAACGAUGUCCUCGUGGAUGCCCUUGUGUCAUCUUCUGGUGUGAUCCCCAUUAGUUCAGCUGCACAGAUGGUUUCUUUAGCAGCUAAGUUCUCUUUGCACCGCAAUAUCCAGUGCUUUGUUCCCGGGCGGACUUCUCGGGAAGUUAAAUUGGCUGAUGAUAUUGCAAUGUGGUUAGACUGGCUGAUAUGA